AUGAUUCAAUUUUUCGUCGGCGUACUUGUAGGAAUUGCAAUUGUGAGUUUCUUUUUGAAAAAGUGAAAGCUUAUAAUUAUAAUGUUCAGGUUUUAAUUAUUGCUUAUAUAUUGAUUAUCGAUCCAUGGGCUCCACCACAAAAUGCUCCAAAUGCUCAGCAAGAAUUUAUUGAGCAAUAUCGACCUGUUCAAAUUCCUGAAGAACUUCGUGCAUUUUUGAAGUCUGGUGAGGAUGGACAAGGCAUUUCGAAAUGGGAAUCUUGCAAUUCAAUUAGUCUUUUGCUUCACAUGCUGUUUCAAGAGCAUAAGGAUACAAGAGCUUUGAGAAGGUAUACACUUUUAGAAGGUGUUUUUGAAUAACAUAAAUUUUCGGUCUAGGAAUCCUGGAAACCCAAAAAAAAGUUUCAAUCAAUUUAUUUUAACAUUUUCAGAUGGGUGCUGAAACGUCUACAAAUGGAAAUGAACGACAUAACAACUCGCUCCACUGCCGGUCGAUUAAUUCAAGAAAUUCGAAUCCGCGAACUUUCGCUAGGCACCAAAUUUUUGAGCAUCAAUUCGAUUCGCGUCGAAAACGUUGAAAUGGCGGAUGAUAAAAAUACUUUUGAUAAAAUCACAUUUGUAUUAGAUAUUGAUUAUUCCGGAGGAUUUGAGACUUCGAUAGAUGUUGCCACAAUUAUUACAAAACGGGCUAGUGUUUCGGUUAAGGUGAGAUUUUACUCAUGAGAUUUUUUUAGGCCGUUCAUACAUGGCACUGUUCCCAAAACUGUGAGGGGGAGAUCAUGUCAUUUGGAAAAAUUUUUCGAGGGGGGGGGGUCAUUUUGGAAAUUUCGAAUUCACGCUCGAAUCAAAAUUUCGAUUUGGGCGGGUAACUAAUGAAAAUUCACACUGGAACAACAUAUUGGGGAGGGGGAGAUCAUUACAUGCGGGGUCUGUUGGGCGAAGAAAAAAAGCUAAAGCUUAUCAAUAAACAAUUUUCCCUUUUUUCCAGAUCACAAAAUUAACGGGAAUGGUUCGAGUUAUCCUAUCUCGCCAGCCAUAUCAUCAUUGGACAUUUUCUUUCGUUUCUCCGCCGAUUUUUGAAACCGAAAUCAAUUCGCAAAUUCAAGGACAUCAAUUGAAAAGACUGAUUCCGAUUAUCAAAGAAGCUAUUAGAAGAUCACUUCAGAGGAAACAUGUUUGGCCGAAUUAUAAAAUCCGAUAUCGACCGUUUUUCCCGAAUCCGAUAUUUCAAGCAAGCCCGUCGAUUAGUGAGUUUUCGAGAAAAAACAUUGAAAAAUUUUGAAUUGAAGAUUUGGACCGGAAAAUUAUACCGUGCACAAUUUUGGCAAAAUAAAAAAUUACAAAAUCCUUAAAUUUCAGACAGCCUUGCUCAUGUAAAACUCGAAGGUGGAAUCGAAGUGACAGUUCUCCAAUGUAGUCGCCUGAAAACAUCGCUCAUCGAAAAUAAAUCGAAAAAUUAUGAGGUUUUUUGCACAGUUUCAAUGGAUCAUCGACCAAUAACACAAAAUGAAGAAAAUGGUCAUUGUGUUAGUGUUUUGUUGACAUUUUCAAGAUUCGAUGUUGGAAAUCCGAUCGGAAUUAUUUUCGAUAAAAACAGUAGCCCUGUCAAAGUUCUAUCAGUUGAGGAUAAUAGUUUGGCGGACAAAGCAGCCUUUAAACCGGGAGAUGUUUUGGUGGCUAUUAAUAAUGUGCCAAUUCGAUCCGAACGACAAGCUACACGAUUUUUGCAACAAACAAUUGGAGAUUUGAUGGUUUUGGUGGAGAGAAGUUUGGAAGAUAUUGAUGAGGAAGGAGAUAAAGGUGGGCCGAAUUUUUUGAUUGGGAAACAUUUUUUCAAAAAAAAAUUGCCUUCAAUAAUUUUUUUCUAAAUACUUCAAAAUUAAAGUUCAUCUUAAGAGUUUUCUAUUUUAAUUUUUUUCGAAUUUAGUUCUAAUAUUUUAUUGAUUGAUGUUCCUACCCUUCUUUUAUCUCUAACAAAAUUUGAAAUGCGGUGUAAAUAAUCCAAUUUCAGAAGAAGAUGAAGAAAUUAUCGUGAGUAAUGUUCGAGAUGUUGAUGAUGGAUAUGAAGUUGUUGGAAGUGUCAAAAAAGAAUUGACUGAUAGUUCGAGUCUCGCAGCAACAACUUCGGAUUCAAUUUCGAUGAAAGAGGAACCAGGUAACUUUUGAUUUAUCUUUUCUUUUUUCCAACAUUUUUUGAACUGUGUGUAGUGUUGUGUAAUAUUUGAGUGAACUUUUGUUCUAUUUUUUUAAACGUUUUUUUUGCAGCAGCUGAUGUUGUUCGACGACGUCACAGCGUGUCGAAUUUCGAAUCAUCGGUAAUUGAUACGAACACGGAAUCUGUCAACUCAUCCAUUUUUUCGCUUGGUGAGUUUUUUGAGAAGGAAAACAUUUGA